AUGGUCAACUUAUUUACCACCCUUUUGGGCAUCUUUAGAAGGCUUGUUAGUCUAUCGGUGACCCUUGCUCCUUUCCUCAUCUUCGUGAUUCGGCUCCACACCCGUGACCUAUUCUUUAGCAUCACCAACCUGUUCCUGUCCAGCCGUCGUGCCGGGCGCGUUGUGCCUCCCGGCCACCCAGGGCAUCGCGGCGUCUGGCCGAAGUAUAUCGCUCCCACCAUUGGAAGUGAGAGCCGAUCCCCUUGUCCAGGACUCAACAGCCUUGCCAACCACGGUAAAUAA